AUGAGAACUACCGGAGCUCCUCCAUCCGGCCAUUCAUUGAAGCAAUCGACCCACCGAAUGGAAGCGCUCGACCACCAUGAUCAUUUUCCAACCCUCUACACCACCCAUAGCCGCUCAUAUGGUCGGAAAAAAGCAUCCAAAGGAGGAGGAAACCGUGACACAAAUAGAGUUGAUCCGGUAACCACAAGCGACGUAUCCGGCAACCGACCACAUAUUUGGACUCUAGGCAUCGAUACAUACCUUAUCCAUCCAUUUUCUAGCCAGAUAGCUACUAGAUUUCGAAUAACCAAGCAAAUUGCAUUGUUUUUAAAACAAUAUCCUGGACGAUCGGUUCCACUCUUUGAUUCCGGCUCCGUAAGAAAGGAGAAAAAAAAAAGGCAUCAUUUGAGAUUGCAGUACAGGUGCAGAAGAGGAAGAAAACAAGGCGAUCAGUUUACAUAUAGCGUAGCUGCUGGAUGUAUCAUCAAUCCUGUAAAUUAUUUUGGAAGUGAGCAUGCAACUCCAAUGCUUCGGUCCAAUAAACGCAUAGGGGACACAGAAGAUGUCUACAGGCAGCACAAUCUACAGAUUUCAUUAAAUUAUAACAUUCAUCCAGAUGAAGCUGAUCGAUUGGCAAGCAUUCCAAUUACCAAUCCUGUAUCAACUGGAUUAAGGCUGUCCUAUGAUGAUGAUGAACGUAACUCAUCUGUAACUUCUGCAAGUGGAAGUAUGACAGCAACACCUUCAAUGAUCUCGUCCCUUGAUGACAACAUCCGGACUGAACUUGGCCGACAGAGAGAAGAAUUUGAUCAGUAUAUCAAAAUUCAGGAAGAACAUUUGUCUAAGGGGGUGAGGGAUUUGAAGCAAAGACAUAUGGCUUCUUUCCUUUGUGCUGUAGAGAAAGGUGUGACCAAGAAGCUUCAGGAGAAGGAUAUAGAGAUUGAGAACAUGAAUCGCAAGAACAGGGAAUUAAUCGAGAAAAUAAAACAGGUGGCUGCUGAAGCUCAGAGCUGGCACUAUAGGGCGAAGUACAAUGAAUCAGUGGUUAAUGUCCUGAAGAGCAACCUCCAGCAGGCAAUAUCACAGGGUGCUGACCAAGGGAAGGAAGGAUUUGGGGACAGUGAAAUUGAUGAUGCUGCGUCGUACAUUGACCCAAACAACUACCUGAACAUCCCAGGACCUUCGAAACCUGGCUCAUGCAAGGAGCGUAUGACUUGUAGAUGGUGCAAGGUGAGGGAGGUUUCCAUGUUGUUGAUGCCAUGCAGGCACCUUUGUUUGUGUAAGGACUGCGACCUUUCGAUCAGUGUUUGUCCUGUAUGCCAAUUGAUGAAAACCGCCAGCGUCGGGGUAUACUUGUCCUAGAUUAUGAAGCAAAAUACUCAAAAUGAGUUGAAAAGUUAUUUACCCUCUGUGAAAUAUGUCAUACUUCUACCCUGGAUAUUAUGAAAUGUAUGUGGAGUAAUCACCAACUUAAUUUCCCAGAAAGCAUCUUGGCCAUUGUCGUAUGGAUAUUUCCCCUUGUUGUCA